AUGUCGGGCUACGGACUUCCCAUUUCCCAGGAGGUGGCUAAGGAGUUGGCUGAGAACGCCAAGAAGAUUGCCUCUCCAGGAAAGGGCAUCUUGGCAGCGGAUGAGUCAACUGGCACCAUCAAGAAGCGCUUCGACAGCAUUGGCGUCGAAAACACGGAGGCCAACCGCGCGUUCUACCGCGACCUCCUCUUCAGCACCAAGGGCCUCGGUCAGUACAUCAGCGGUGCCAUUCUGUUCGAGGAGACCCUCUACCAGAAGAGCCCCUCGGGCGUCCCCAUGGUCGACCUGCUGAAGGCUGAGGGCAUCAUCCCGGGCAUCAAGGUCGACAAGGGCCUGGAGACGCUGCCGCUGACCGACGACGAGAAGGCGACCAUGGGUCUCGACGGUCUCUCUGAGCGCUGCAAGAAGUACUACGAGGCCGGUGCGCGCUUCGCCAAGUGGCGCGCAGUCCUCAGCAUCGACGCCGCCAAGGGCAAACCCACCAACCUGUCCAUCACUGAGGUCGCACACGGCCUCGCCCGCUACGCGGCCAUCUGCCAGGCCAACCGACUGGUUCCCAUUGUGGAGCCCGAGAUCCUGACUGACGGCAGCCACGACAUCAGCGUGUGCGCCGAGGUCAGCGAGCGCGUCUUGGCGGCAGUCUUCAAGGCUCUCAACGACCAUCACGUGCUGCUCGAGGGUGCGUUGCUGAAGCCCAACAUGGUGACUCAGGGAUCUGACUGCUCCAAGCAGUGCUCCCACGAAGAAGUUGCCUUCUACACCGUCCGCACUCUGAAGCGCACCGUUCCCCCUGCGCUCCCCGGUGUCAUGUUCCUUUCUGGCGGCCAGUCUGAGGAGGAUGCGUCCCUCAACCUCAACGCCAUGAACAAGAAUCGCCCGCUUCCCUGGGAGCUGUCCUUCUCGUACGGCCGCGCCCUCCAGGCUUCCUGCCUGAAGGCGUGGGCAGGCUGUCCCGAGAACAAGGCGAAGGCCCAGCAGGUCCUCCUCGAGCGUGCGAAGGCCAACUCCGACGCUCAGCUCGGCAAGUACGCUGGCGGCGCGGGUGGUGCUGAUGCUGCUUCCUCCCUCUUCGAGAAGCGCUAUGUGUAUUAG